CCCUGCUACCAAAAUUAGCACAGAUCAGCUGGAUUUAUUUUGCUUCCUUAUGUGACAGAUAGAGCAGACCUGUGGACUUUGGCAUAGUUAGCAUGGUUUUCGCUGGCAUUGAUUGCUGACUUUGUCGUUGUGAGAUGGUCUGCCGAAUCAAGAGAUAAAGCGGGGGGCCGACAUGGACAACGCAGCUGGCAAAGUGGUUGUGUCGGCCCUUUUUGUGCUGUUCGCAGCCUUCGUGUUCUCUCUCGAGUGGGUGUUCGUGUUUGUGUUCGUCGCUGUCUCGAUCGGAGCAUGUGUUCUCGGCCUAGCACUUGGUGUCAGUAGGUUUUUCGUCUAUUCUAAUCAAAAAAUAGCUGAGCAGUUGCAAGUCAAGAAAAAUCCUAGUCAAGAUGAGCUGUCUCCCUCGAGACGAACAGAGUUGGUGCUUGAAUAUUUGAAAGUCAAAGGCCAGCCUUUAUCCAAGAAGAGUUUUGACUCUCCUAACCUGUCACCACAGCAUCCUCCUGACGGGACUGGAAAAUGUCUGCCAGUGGUUUUUGGUCGAAUGGUGGAUGCUGUUCUCCAGCAAGUUCUAGACAAUGCGCUCAGGGACUCUUUGGCUGAGCUGCUACAAGGGCUAUGUGCAAAUAUAGACCAAAUCACAGAAUUAUUUAAAGAGGAUAUUUGGGAAGGAAUAAAAAAGUUGCAUGAGCGCCUCUCUCAAGUGGAUCAAACCCAGUUGGUCGCAUGUGAUAUGAUAACAAGAGUUACUACGCAUUUCGAGCGGCUCAGGCUGGCUCAAGCCGCUGCCAUUCGAGUUGGUGGCCCAGCUGUGAUUCACGUUGCCCCGUAUGUUGAGAAGAACAUAAAAGAGGAGGACUUCAUGAGGUCUCUAUCUGAAAUGGCUGUGGUACUUUUGAUGCCCGAAAUUUACGUAACGAGUCCAUUGCUGCGGCUGCUUGUGAGAGAGGCAUUGGCACUUGCAGUUUUACUUCCCGCCGUCGAUAUGGUCUGCGACCCAGACUUUAUAAAUCAGAAAAUCAUUGCUUAUAUCCAUCACCAGCAGAAAUCAAGAGUAAAAAAGCGCCAGCUAACAAACAUCGAAAACUAUGAAGAAACGAUAAAAAAAAUUAGAGACUGUGAUGAUUUAGACAUAUUAAAACAUAUCAGGUACAAUAUUGUAACAGAAAUUCUACAGGUCAAUGUGAAAUUGGAGCUAGCCAAAGAAUCAUCCUGUGAGGACAAAACAGAUUCUAGUGAUGUCCGCCGACAAGAAAGCUACCUGAAUCAACUUCUCUAUACAAAACGCGAGUGUGAAAAGAGACUGCGGGCCAUGGGUUGGAAAGAUUUUGCAGAUGAAACUGGCUCGGAGGCAGUUGACGAACAUCAUCAUCAAUUCUUGCCGUUAGUUAGCGUGAUAGAAAGUGCAGAAGGCAGAAAGUACCUCAGGAAGUUCCUCCAGCAACACUCGUCAUCUGUUCAGACCCCUGAUAAUUUAGAUUCACCGACUGCAUAUUUAGACUAUUGGACCACUGCUGAAAAGAUGAGACUGUCGCACAGGAACAUGUGGCACCAGUUGGCCCAAGAACUUUAUUAUACCCACAUUUACCCUCCCUCGUCUUUGAUCAAAGUCGAUAAGGCCAUAAAAAAGAGAAUGGAAGCAUUUUUGCUUGGUGACCAGGGUCCAGAAGUAUUUUACGAAGUGCAGGACGAUGUUGUUGGAGUCUUGCAGGAAAAAUACUAUCCAUUGUUCAUUGCCAGUGAAAAUUACAUCAAAAUGAUCACUGCUAUGGAUGAAGCAGCUCUAAUUGAGCAUGAGAAUGUUGAAGAGUUCAGUUCGCCAGUUGAAACUGAUUCAAGCAAAGGCAGUAAAAUCGUCGGGGAGCCUCCAAACUGUACUAGAAGGAAGCUUUUGCAGCUAGAGGAAAAACUUGUUACAAAGAAGCAGGCCCUUCAAGCUCUCCGGACAUCUCUCAAACCAGAAGCAAAGGCCCUUCUUGUGUUGGAGCAAGAAGUGGCUAGACUAGAAGGUGAGCACAGACAACUAGAAGCUCAUUUGACCAGGACAGAAACUUGGGGCGAGCAUCUUGGGCGGUGGAGGGCUAUGGUUCAGUCAACCGAGAUGCCUGAUGAAAAAGAACCCCCUCAGUUUGUACUUGUUGUGCAUGUGCUGGAAGAUGAACACGAUGCUGAUGCCAUUUCAACUGGGUGGGUUGUGUUAAGAGGCUUGCCAGAUUUUCUUGAACUGCACAGGAAAUUAUGUCAACUUGAUCCGACUGUAAAAAAUGUUGAGCUACCUUCAUUCUCAGGAAAGUUUUUGUUUGGCAAAACACUAGAUAAAGCAGCUUUGGAGAAGGCCAAAAGGCAGAUACAAAAAUAUUUAGAGCGAAUUCUUGGCGAUGACCGACUGAAUACAUGUGAGGCAAUCUACACAUUCCUUAGUCCAAGUGCUGAUCUCUUAAAACAUGCCGCUCCAUCACCAAAGAAACACAAGUUUUCCCUUUCGACAUUAUUUAAAAGCAAUGGCAGCAACGGGAGCAGUGGAAGCUAUGGUUUUGGUGAUGACAACCUGGUUGAUACAGAUCUGAUUUUUGAUGAUGACAACCGGGUAGAUGGGUCUGGUGGACCUAGAGGGGACGCGGUUGCCGAGCCCCUGUAUGCCCUCCUAGGUGAAAUUUUCGAUCUCAGGGGGUUAUUCCGGUGGCUAAGAAGGUCGCUCAUAACAUUUGUCCAACUCACCUAUGGCAGAACAAUUACAAGACAAGUGAGAGAAACUGUGGCUUGGAUUUUCUCUGAGCCAAUGUUGCAUUUCUACCUCCAAGUGUUUCUUAAUUCUUGGUGGCCUCAUGGGCAAUUAUCUCCACCCCCUCAACAAAGAACGGAUCAGGAAAAAGAGAAAACAAAGAAAGAAGCUCGUCAACUUUUCAUCGAGAAUGUGCCAGAGAUUCUAUGUAACCUUGUAGGGCAACAGAGUGCAAAAAGGGGAGCAAGGAAGGUUUUCGAAGCCCUUCAGGAAAAAGUCUACAACAAGCAGUUGCUAUAUGAAUUGUUAGAAGUAGUGCUAUAUCAGACAUUCCCAAAAGAACUCAUGUCAAGUCCCCGCCGACUAGCUCACUUUAGACACUAAACAAUAAUACAUCAAUUAUAACUAUGCGCUUCAGAUUUUAAAUAGGACUUUAACAGGCAAACCUGCUCACAUCACUCUUCUAGAGUCCUUCCAACUAAUUUGGUUAAAAAAACUGGAAACUGUGAACUCUGUCGAUGGCAAAUUGAGUCUCUUUUUAGUGAUCAGAACUCAUGUCGAGAUUUCAUUUAUAACAGAUGAUAGGAUUUUAUUUAUGCAUUCCAUGACUUGAAUAUGCUUAUCAUGUGUAUUUUGUGUAUGGCUGAGAAUAAAAUAUUUAAAAGGUCGA